GGAAAGGCUCCCUGCCUGGAAAUACUGGAGAGCUGCUGCCAGUCAGUGUAGACAAUACUAAGCCAGAUGGAGCAAUGGGUCUGGCUCAAUCUAAAUCCAUUUCCUCUGUUCCUGUCACAAAUCAUUCCCAAGCAAACCAGCUCUUCAUUGUGGACCGCUGACUAUUUUGACUCCUCUAAUGGCUUCCGGACUCCAACUCCCAUCACAUCUGACCUUUGAUCUUCCUGGCUGGGGCUGAUGGGAGUUGGAGUCCAGCAAGAUCACGAGGGCAGCUCCUUCCCCAUCUUUACGUAUUGAAAAAGUGAGCUCUUUCCCCCACCUUACGUAGCUAGCUAGCUAAAACGGAGUCACAUCCAGUGCCGGAUUUACAUGCAGGCUGAGCAGGCCGCAGCCCAGGGCCUCCUAAUCUAGGGAGCCCUUGGCCUCUUGCAAAAAAAACCAGGCAGAUUUUACAACCUAGGCCAAGUUGCUUGGUAACAGUAAAGAAGAGAACGUGGUUUUAUUUCUCGUGAUCAGAUGCUGCUAAGUUUGGACCUCCCAAGGUCUCCCAUUCCAGGGGCUCCAGUUGCUUCAAUCUGGGCCUGGUCACCUGUGUAGAAGGGUGCUGUCAGCACGCCUGAGAGAACCACAAGGUACCCAGGAAAAAAAUGGGUGUAAGGGGUGUUGGAGGAGCCUAAGAGGGGAAGAAGCCCAGAACAGGCAGGUGAACAAACUGAGCAUCCUCUGUGGUCACAGAAUCCAAUUUUGCGUGGGGAGGCUAAAUGGAAUGGAGCAUCAGAAGAGAGGGCACGGCUGGCUGGCUGGCCCACUGAACAGAAGCAUAAAGGUAAAAAGGUAAAGGGACCCCUGACCAUUAGGUCCAGUCGUGGCUGACUCUGGGGUUGUGGCGCUCAUCUCGCUUUAUUGGCCGAGGGAGCCGGCGUACAGCUUCCGGAUCAUGUGGCCAGCAUGACUAAGCUGCUUCUGGCGAACCAGAGCAGCGCACGGAAACGCCGUUUACCUUCCCGCUGGAGCAGUACCUAUUUAUCUACUUGCACUUUGACGUGCUUUCGAACUGCUAGGUUGGCAGGAGCAGGGACCGAGGAACGGGAGCUCACCCUGUCGCGGGGAUUCAAACCGCCGACCUUCUGACUGGCAAGUCCUAGGCUCUGUGGUUUAACCCACAGCGCCACCUGCGUCCCAAACAGAAGCAUACCAUGCUGCAAAUUUUUGUUGCUGACCCUCUGUGUGAGUCUCUCUUUCUACCCAGGUCAUGUGGGCGGGGAGGGGGGGGUUGCAGUGAUUUUUAGGAAGUCACUAGCUUGCACCAGGCGUCCUACUGGGAAGAUCCAGUUUUCUGAGUGCAUGUUCUGGAAGUUGGGCAAUAGGGGCAGUACAGGAUUCCUUUUGGUGUACCGACCUCCCCGCUGCACCAAGGAUUCCCUGUCCGAGCUGCUUCAGGUCGUGGCGGAUUUUCUCCUGGAGACACCUAGUUUGGUUGUCCUGGGGGAUUUUAACAUCCACGCCGACACGACCUUACAAGGGGCUGCUCGGGACUUUGUGGAAAGCAUGGCCUCCAUGGGGCUGUCCCUGAAUAAGUUUGGCCCAACUCAUAGUCAUGGACAUGCCUUAGACCUGGUGUUCACCUCUAUGGAUGUUGGUGAUCUGACACUAAGUAAAAGUGAAACAAAAGAAGUGCCAUGGUCAGAUCACUUCCUGGUGCAACUGGACUUCUCCACGACCCUUCCCCUCUGCAGGGAGGUGGGACCAAUUUGGAUGGUCCGCCCCCGCCACUUCAUGGAUCCAAAUGGUUUCCAGAGAGUGGUAGGGGAUGCUUUAUCCCAUGUUGAUGGCCUUUCAGCUGAUUCCCUGGUGGCCCGCUAGAAUGCGGAGUUAACCAGGGCUAUCGACUGUCUGGCUCCGAAGCGCCCUCUCCGAUUGCAUGGAGCCCGGACAGCCCUGUGGUUUUCUUCAGAGCUGAGGGCGAUGAAACAAUCGCUGAGACGGCUAGAGCGUCGGUGGCAGAAAACUCACUCCGAAUCUGACCGGACACAGGUUAGAGCUCAACGUCGAGCCUACCAAGUGGCGAUAGCGACGGCGAAGAAGACUUUCUUCACCGCCUCUAUUGCAUCUGCAGAAAAUAGUAGCAGGAGACUCUUUCAGGUGGUUCGCAAUUUAACGGAACCACCUUUACCACCGGGGCCUUGUAAAGACCCCAAGAUCUCCUGCAACGAUUUUGCAAAGUUUUUUUGCAGAUAAAAUCACUCAUAUUCGGAAGGAGCUAGACACCACCGUGGGGGCAGGGCCGGGGCGGGAGAGUGCUAGAGCCCUGUCUGGUCAAGUUGCAUGGAAUCAAUUUCAAUCCGUUACCCCCGAGAUGUGGACAGGCUGCUUGGACGCGUGAAACCAACCACCUGUCUCCUUGAUCCUUGCCCAUCCUGGCUAAUAAAAGCAAGCCGGGAAGGGCUGGGCGAUGGGCUCUGCGGGGUGGUGAAUGCUUCCCUGUGAGGGAACAUUCCCAGAUCCGCUGAAAGAGGCGGUCAUUAAACCGCUUCUUAAAAACCAUCUUUAGAUCCAGCCAGUAUGGCCAACUAUCGCCCAGUCUCAAAUUUACCAUUCUUGGGCAAAGUGAUUGAGCGCGUGGUUGCUGAACAACUCCAGGCACGCCUGGAGGAUGCGGACCAUUUGGAUCCCUUCCAAUCGGGAUUCAGGCCUCAUCAUGGGACUGAAACUGCCUUGGUCGCGCUGGUUGAUGAUCUCCGGCGAGCUAGGGACAACGGUGAGAGCUGUUUCCUAGUUCUGCUGGAUCUCUCAGCGGCCUUUGAUACAAUCGACCAUAACAUCCUUCUGGACCGUCUAGAGGGGCUGGGAGCUGGGGGCACUGUUAUACAGUGGUUUCGCUCCUUCCUCCUGGGCCGUGUUCAGAAAGUGGUGGUGGGGAUGAGUGUUCAGACCCCUGGGCCCUCACUUGUGGGGUGCCUCAGGGUUCCGUCCUCUCCCCCAUGCUUUUUAACAUCUAUAUGAAGCCGCUGGGAGAGAUCAUCAGGGGUUUGGACUGGGUGUCCAUCAAUAUGCAGAUGAUACCCAGCUCUACCUCUCUUUCAAAUCAGAACCAGUGAAGGCGGUGAAGGUCCUGUGUGAGUGCCUGGAGGCGGCUGGAGGAUGGAUGGCGGCUAAUGGAUUGAAGUUGAAUCCUGACAAGACAGAAGUACUGUUUUUGGGGGACAGGGGGCGGGCUGGUGUGGAGGACUCCCUGGUCCUGAAUGGGGUAACUGUGCCCCUGAAGGACCAGGUGCACAGCACUGGGAGUCAUUUUGGACUCACAGCUGUCCAUGGAGGCGCAGGUCAAUUCUGUAUCCAGGGCAGCUGUCUACCAACUCCACCUGGUACGCAGGCUGAGACCCUACCUGCCCACGGACUGUCUCGCCAGAGUGGUGCAUGCUCUAGUUAUCUCCCGCUUGGACUACUGCAAUGCGUACGUGGGGCUACCUUUGAAGGUGACUCGGAAACUACAACUAAUCCAGAAAGCGGCAGCUAGACUGGUGACUGGGGGCGGCCGCCGAGACCACAUAACACCGGUCUUGAAAGACCUACAUUGGCUCCCAGUACGUUUCCGAGCACAAUUCAAAGUGUUGGUGCUGACCUUUAAAGCCCUAAACGGCCUCGGCCCAGUAUACCUGAAUGAGCGUCUCCACCCCCAUCGUUCUGCCCGGACGCUGAGGUCCAGCGCCGAGAAGCAUUGCGAGAAGCAAAGCUACAGGGAACUAGGCAGAGGGCCUUCUCGGUAGUGGCGCCCGCCCUGUGGAACGCCCUCCCAUCAGAUGUCAAAGCGAUAAAUAACUACCUGACAUUCAGAAGACAUCUUAAGGCAGCCCUGUUCAGGGAAGUUUUUAAUGUGUGAUAUUUUAGUGUAUUUUUGGUUUCUAUGGAAGCCGCCCAGAGUGGCUGGGGAAACCCAGCCAGAUGGGCAGGGUACAAAUAAUAAAUUAUUAUUAUUAUUAUUAUUAUUAUUAUUAUUACACACACAAACAUUCACAGUCUGCCUACACACAUACAUGGAGCGGAUUGUAUCCAACCAUGUUUUACUUGGGAGUAGACCCACCAAAGUUAAUGGACCCAAGUUAGUCGCGCCCAUUAUUUCCAACUGCACCUACUCUUCACAUUUUGUCUUUGUCCUGGGCUUCUGCAUACCUUGUUCCCGAGAGCCAAGCAGCUGUAAUCGAACUCCCAUCUAAGGUCUGCUAUCUAUAAAAAAGGCAAAUAUCUAUAUAUUUGCUUCCAGCCUUGUUAAAUACAGAGAGGGGCUCAAAGUCCUCAUCUCCUCUUGGCUGGAGGUCCUCCCUCCCUCCUUGCCACCUGCCCAUAGGUGUUAACGUUUCCCUUUUUUUAAGGGAAAUUCCCUUAUUCCGAAUAGGAUUCCUCGCAAGAAAAGGGAAAAGUUGACAGCUAUGCUGACCUGCCCUGCUUCUGACAUUUCACUAAGCCUUGCCCCGAUUCUUCUUAGCCAUGAGGACUAGCCACUUACUCCGAAUUAGGCUCCGAGUUCCAGCACCGAGGGCAGUGCCGUCCGGGAGCGCUAUUAUUCUUGACGGACGGUGGGGCCUGACUCAGAACUAAAAGUCUUAUAUAUAUAUGUAUCCUGUUUCGCUGGCUCUCCCUUGCGUGGAGGAAAGCUUCUCAAAUGUCCUGGUCUUGUGACGGUUACUUUGGACAUGCCCCAGGUCCUCGGAGCCAGCCUCCUGCAGAUCUCUGCUCACGGCAGACCGGCCCAAAUAGCCUGCCCCUCCUUCAUCUUUUAUUGGCUCGGGAGAGACUUUAAUCAUCACCCUUUAGCCCAAAAUCGUAGGGGCGUGAGGACAAGGAGGUCCGAGUAUCCGGCUUCUGAGUGAAGUCCGUUCUGCAGCUGUUAGACAAGUGCCCUCUUGGAUCAGACAAAUCAGGCGUAAUCACGGUCUGUUUUUUUAAAAAAGGAAUCCACCCGGGAGAGAGGGUCCCUUUCUGCUUAUGGAUCUCGGAGCAUCGUCCAUCCCUAAGAAGACAUCCCUCGAGGAUUCAGCCGCUGAGCCACAGGCUUCCGCCCCAAGUUGCUGCAGGGAAUUAUGCCGAUUUAUUCCUUCCAACUUCUGGCAAGAAACAAAGAAAAUUUUGGUGCUGGCAGGGCCGCUGGUAAGACCCCAAAUCCGUGGUUAAUACGCCGAUUCUCUGUGCUGGCAAGACAACGUCCUUUCCCACUCUGAAGUUGAUAUCUGCCAGCUUUUGUCUCCACUCUGUUCAACCUGGGAUAGCUGAGUCAGUAGAGCGUGAGACUCUUAAUCUUGGGGUUGUGGGUUCCAGCCUCUCAUGGUCCCUUCCACCUCUACGGUUCUGUGAUUCUAUGGAGCUUGCUGCUCACAGUUAAAUUGCUGAGAGCUAAGUCAUGGUAAGGCCCGGGGGCCGAAUCCGGCCCAUUCGCCUUCUAAAUCCGGCCCGCGGAUGGUCCGGGAAUCAGCGUGUUUUUACGAGAGUAGAAUGUGCCCUUUUAUUUAAAACGCAUCUCUGGGUUAUUUUUGGGGCCUGCCUGGUGUUUUUACAGGAGUAGAAUGUGUGCUUCUAUUUAAAACACAUCUCUGGGUUAUUUGUGGGGCAUAGGAAUUUGUUCUCUCCCCCCAAAAAAAUAUAGUCCGGCCCCCCACAAGGUCUGAGGGACAGUGGACCAGCCCCCUGCUGAAAAAGUUUGCUGAGUCCUGAGCUAAGUUGAUGGAGAUGAACUCUGCUGCAUAGCUCCCAUCUAAAGUCUGAUUUCAAGACCUUAGAUCUGAGCUCUCUCGCUGCUCUGGUUUCCAAAUGUAGGCCUGUUUGGCUGCCAAGCUAGAGGUGCUCAUAUUAAAGGGUGGGCAGUGGGAUUUUAAUCGCCGCUAAAUUCACAACAAUGUCAUUUUAUUUUCCACAAUCCGCACCAUAAAUUCUUCCCAGCACAAUAUGACAGUUUCUAGGGUUAUAUGUCUCCAAAUUUCCUUUAAUUCUUUUCCCCCAACAGACACUCAUCCAGUUACUCGUAUUUAUGAUCCAUGUCGUCAGCACAAUAUUCUGUGGCCACCUUGGCAAGGUUGAGCUGGCUUCUGUCACCCUUGCCAUUGCGGUGAGUGUUUUUAAAUGUGUGUGUGUGUGUGUCUGUGCGUAUGUGUUUUAAAAUGUCCCUGGACCUCUGCAGAGUGUCCUCGUUGCAUCUCUGAAUGAGUCAAUGUCCAAUCAGGAUGUGUGCCCAGAACGGGGACUCAUUCAGAGCCAGACAAGGGAGCAGAAGACUCCUUCUAGAGAGGGUCAUUGCUGGCCUUUCACACACUUUGGCUGGAUUAGUAAUGCAUGCCUUGAAUUUGGGAAAGGGCUGUAGCUCAAUAGUAGAGCACCUGCUCUGCAUGCAGAAGGACCCGGGUUCAAUCUCCAGCAUCUCCUGGAGAGCUGCUGUGAGUCAGUGUUGACAGUAUUGAGCUCGAUGGACAUUAAUCGUUGGCCUGACUCAGUAUAGGGCAGUUUCCUAUGCUCCUGUUUAAAUCAUCCAUUAGUUUGCUUUCGAAUGACGAGGAAUUCUGUCUCAUUCUUAUAGGAUGAGUUCUAGCUCAGUGGUAGAAUGCCUGGUUUGAGUGCAGAUGGUCCCAGAUUCAGAGCCCAGGUGUGUCUGGGAAACACCCCCUGCCUGAAGCCCUGCAGAGAUGCUGCCGGUCAGUGUAGACAAGCAAGCCAGGCCAAUGGUCUGAUUCAGCAUAGGGCAGCUUCCCAUGUUCCUAUUUUAUUUGGAGUUUUAUGGUUUAGAAAACAGGUGGCUCAGCUGUAAGAAGCAUGAGAAACUCCGAGAAGAGUCUGGCAGCCGAAAAAUUUAAGGGGUGGUUGUGUCUUCCCUGUGAGGAAAGGCUGCAGCGUUUGGGACUUAUCAGUUUAGAGAAAAGGCGAGUGAGAGGAGAACAGGGUAGAAGUUUUUAGAAUUAUUCACGGCAUAGAGAAAAGUUCUUCUCUCUCAUAACGCUGGAACUUGGCACAUGCAAUGAAGCUGAAUGUGUGAAGAUUCAGGAGAGAUGAAAGGAAGGACUUUGUGAGAGAUGAAAGGAAGGACUACGGAACACACAAGGCAGUAGUGAUGGCCAUCCACUUGGAUAAUAAUAAUAAUAAUAAUAAUAAUAAUAAUAAAUUAUUUAUACCCCGUCCAUUUGGCUGGGUUUCCCCAGCCACUCUGGGCGGCUUCCAACAGAACACUAAAAUACAAUAACCUAUUAAACAUUAAGAGCUUCCCUAAACAGGGCUGCCUUCAGAUGUCUUCUAAAAGUCUGGUAGUUGUUCUUCUCUUUGUCAUCUGGUGGGAGGGCGUUCCACAGGGCGGGUGCCACUACUGAGAAGGCCCUCUGCCUGGUUCCCUGUAACUUGGCUUCUCGCAGUGAAGACUCCAGACCAUACGACUGUGCCAUUCUUUCCAGCAUUCAACAUUAUAUCCCCUUGAUUUGUCUGUCCGUUAAUUUCUCCCUCUCUGAUGGUCCUUAGGUUAUAAAUGUAACAGGCAUCUCUGUUGGAUUUGGGUUGUCUUCAGCUUGCGAUACGUUAAUUUCACAGGUGAGUAAUGGCUGGCUGCCACUGUGUGUUCGAAUUCUGGUGUAUGAAACGUAGUCUGAGACAAGGCCAGCGUCAAGGUGUGUCUUGCUUGAACAUUUUGAAAGGCUAGUCGCUGGGAGGGAAUCAGUGCUGGGUAAGACCUGCAGGGAAAGGAAACUCUGAAGAUGGCACUAGUUUCAGUUUUGUGUAUCGUUUAGUAGCCGCAAACAGCUAAGUAAAAUUUGUUCCUUAUAAUCCAGACUCUGUAGAUGAUUGGUAAGCUUGCAAAAUGCUACAAGAACCUGUAGCCCUUCAGAAGUUGCUGGACUACAACUCCCAUAAUUCCCCUGACCGUUGGCCUUGCUGGGACUGACUCUGGGAUAACCAGCCUCAUAUAACCCACAUGCUUAAAUCUAAUCAAUGCGUGAAGGGGUUAAGACCAUAGAGUAAGCUGUCCUGCUAGGCUUAACUAGGUCACUCCUCUUCACCUUAGGAGGAACUAGGUAAUCAAGUCUUUGUUCCCUCUCCAGUCUAGCUCAGAAGCUCAGCAUGUUAAGAGGCUAUGCUGGAGCAACAGCUUAGCUGCAUAGCUCUCACAAGCCAUUCUUGAGUUUCUGUACCAAUAAUUUAGGAACUUUCAACACUGUAACAAAGCCAAUUUUUACUGCCUGUGCAUUUCCCCCCUGAAUGCUGUAUGGAAAGGCACAUGAAUUUGACCUUUGGAGAGUUUGUAAGUAAAACAUUUUAAAGUUAACAAACCUGUGGUCUUUUUCUAUGCUAGGGGAAAAUUUGGAAAUCACAAAGGCAUAUGUUAAAGGUCGAACAGCCUUUAUUUUAAUGCUUUAAGAGUACUUGCCCCAAACCUGGAUCUUGGCAUCCAGGGAAUUAUCCUUUUAUAUCUAUUUUUCCCCCGGUGCACCAACACUGAUGCGAGUCAGAAUCUAGUAAUAUCUGGAGGGCCACAGGCUCCUCACCUAGAGAAACAAUGCCUUCUCUUUCUAGAACAUCCCAGAGCAGUGAAAUAUUGUGAAUAAAACUCCUGUUGUGAGUUACCUUUGUGUCCAAAGGCUGGAGAGUUUCAAUGAUGUUGCUUCUGUUUUUUUGGACCUUCACCCACACGCCCCCCUCCCCAGACGUAUGGAGGGAAGAAUAUGAAGAGGGUGGGCACCAUCCUGCAACGGGGGAUCCUCAUUCUGCUCCUCUGCUGCUUCCCCUGCUGGGCCGUCUUCGUCAACACAGAGCAGCUCCUCCUACUCAUCCGACAGGACCCAGAUGUCUCCAGGUGGGGAGAAAGAAAAGGGAAAUCCUCCACCCAGCAGUUUAUUGGACUUGAGGCUGAUCAUCGUACAUGCGAGUCCCCCCAUUCCCAUGUUCACACACAAUACCCCAUAUUUCCAAAGGUGGCUGGUGCCCACUGGGGCUGGUAGGGCGGAAGGCAGGGAGCCGAACAGCAGGUGGCGCCAAAACCAAUGAUGGGAAGAGGCAGAGUCAAUGAAAGGCAGAGCCAACUAAUUCUUGCUUUGCCAUCAUCUUGCUCUCUGCUGAGUUAUACAAGGGCGAAACUGAGGCCACAAUUGCACCAUACGUUCAAAGCACCACAAUACCACUUUAAAUGGUGGUGGUGGUUGUUAUUAAAUUUACUAUUAAUUUAUCUUGCUACAGGCAACUCAAAGCGACUUACAGAAACGAACAAGCACAUCCACAAAUUGAAACCAGGAAGGAAAAGAAAUACAUUAAAACAUGCCACCCACUCUGAACGGCCCUAGAUCGUCAGGGUUUCCCAAACAUGGGUCUCCAUCUGGUUUUUUGGACUACAGCUCCCAUCAUCCCUAGCUAGAAGGACCAGUGGUCAGGGAUGAUGGAAAUUGUAGUCGAAAAACCACCAGAGACCCAAGUUUAGGGAAACUCUACCCUAGAUCAUUAAACGGCAAAGGUCUGGUUAAAAAAGGAAUGUUUUUGACUGGUGCUUGAAGCUAUACAGCGAUGGUGCCAGGCGAGCCUCCCCCAAAGGAUCAUGGGAGCUGUAGUUCAUUAAGGAUGCUGAGAGCUACUAGGAGACCCCAUUUCCCCCUCACAGAGCUACAAUUCCCAGAGUUCCCUGGGAAGAAGGAUUGAUUGAUUAAGCCACCCUGGGAACUGUAGUUCUGAGGAGGAAACCGGGGUCUCCUAGCAACUCCCAGCAGCCAUAAGAAACUACAGCUCCCAGAAUUCUUUGGGGGAAGGCCUGGUUCUUUAAAGUGGUGUUGCAGGGCUUUAAACGUGCCCUGAGAUUGAAGAGGGAGGGCACAAAGAGUCAGGGCUAGAGUGCCCUUUUCUGCAGUCACACAAUGGCCUUGAAGCGAGGGAUUCUGGGAUAGCUGCUGCAUGCAAUCGUUUUCUUGUUUUUCUUGACAAGGGUUCCCAGGAAAAUGCACCUCUCAGCAAUGCCAGAAAACGAAGGCAUUGGCAGGGCACGGGGUGGGGUAGCUUCUGCGCUGUUACGAUGGGGUGCCCCCCCCAGGGAUGGGAACAAAUAUCAGCUGCAGGAUAAUAAACUGCUAAUUUUGGGGUUUGCUUUCUUUGCUCGUUCGUUUUCAUUGCUCCAGGCUCACACAGGUUUACGUCAUGAUCUUCAUCCCAGCGCUUCCCGUAAGUCUCCUAUUGCAUCCUGCUUUCUUUCGUUUUCUCGGUGGGGUCUUUAAAUGGAAUGGAUGGCAGUUCAGUGCUGGGAAUACCUGCUUUGCUUGCAGAAGGUCCCCCAGGUUCAGUCCUCUCCAGGUAGGGUUGGAAGUGGCCCCUGCCUGAAACCGUGGAGGGGCACUUCCAGGCCUCAGGCGCCUCUAGAAGAUAGCUGCAAGGCAGGCUGUGACCCAACUGGUCAAACUUUCCUCUGCUUCUAUGAGGCAGCGCAGGUGCUACAUUGGUUGGACUGCCGCCUGUCGAAAGCCCCGUUUGUUUUCCAAAAAGGGGCAACUCUGAGAAAAGGAAGUCAUCGCUGGGGGAAGAGACCAUUAUUUGCGUGGCGAUUUCCCGCCUCCCCCAGUGGAAAUAAAGACACAGGACACCAUGAUUAAGGUUAAUGGGCUAAAAUUGGCCACAACUUUAUUGGUUACAGGUAAGAGUGGUAUUGGCUUAGGCAUUGGUCCUAUCCACUAUCUGGCUUCAGCCUGAUUGCUUGAAGACCGGGAAGGGUUAACACCAGCAGGGGGAGCCCUGCUGAUGCACAUCAACUAGGUACUCCCCUGGGGUCACCGCUCGGGGGCGCGCUUUAGGCCCUGGCCUCCAUAGGCUUCGGCCCCUGGAAUCCUUUAACAGACUACCCUUCAAUAUUUGGGGGAGGUGAUGGCGCUCCUCCCCCCCAACACAUCUAAAUAACAAUACCCCUACCAAUGCCUAACCGCCAAGACCAAAGAAGUUGUGACGAUUUGCUACGAGGUAGGCGAAAAACCAAAUGGCUGGUGCCAAUUUGCCAAGUGGAAAAAAAUUCCUACCAGGCCCCUUAAUGGCGACCAACCGAGGUCCAUAGCAAGGUCAGAAGGAAGCCUGAAAAAGAAAAGGAGCGGGCGGGUGGGAAACACGAUCAGCUGCGCCGGUCAAAGAGGGAGAUCCCGGGGCCUCGCUCGCCUUAUAUGCGACAAGCCACACCCCCGAGCCAGCCGAUUGGCUCGAUCGUGCGAUGACGCUGCCCGAGGAGUCCCCUGAUCGCGCGGGGCUGGAAACCAUCCCCCGCGCUCGUGUUGGGGGCGUGAAGCCCGCAACCCCACCUCCUCCGGAUGUCGGAAGUGGCUUUUGCUCACACACCCCUGCUUUGGAUCGCAGGUUGUAUUCAUGCCUCCUUGCUCCACAGGCGACGUUUAUUUACCAGAUCCAGAUGAGGUACCUGCAGAAUCAGGUAAGAUGCUCUUUCUCUUGUUGGGGAAAUAAAGGCAGAAAAGGCAGCUGAGCAUGCAGAAGGUUUCAAUCGCUAGCAUCUCCAGGGAGGCCUGGGAAUAUCUCCGCCCCGACUGAAGCCCUUGAGGAGCCGCUGCUGCCAGUCAGUGCAGGCAAUACUGAGCAAGAUAGGCUGACUCAGUUUAAGGGGUGCAGUCCCCUGGACCCUCCCAAGUGUCCCUGUUUUCCAACGGCCUCGGUCCAGUAUACUUGAAGGAGCGUCUCCACCCCCAUCGUUCUGCCCGGACACUGAGGUCCAGCUCCAAGGGCCUUCUGGCGGUUCCCUCAUUGCGAGAAGCCAAGUUACAGGGAACCAGGCAGAAGGCCUUCUUGGUGGUGGCACCCGCCCUGUGGAAUGCCUUCCCACCAGAUGUCAAAGAGAAGAACAACUACCAGACUUUUAGAAGACAUCUGAAGGCAGCCCUCUUUAGGGAAGCUUUUAAUGUUUAACAGACCACUGUACAGUGGUACCGGUUACGUACUUAAUUUGUUCCAGAGGUCCAUUCUUAACCUGAAACUGUUCUUAACCUGAAGCACCACUUUAGCUGAUGGGGCCUCCCACUGCCACUGCUGCGCGAUUUCUGUUCUCAUCCUGAAGCAAAGUUCUUAACCCGAGGUACUAUUUCUGGGUUAGCGGAGUCUGUAACCUGAAGCGUAUGUAACCUGAAGCGUAUGUAACCUGAGGUACCACUGUAUUUUAAUACUUUGUUGGAAACAGCCCAGAGUGGCUGGGGAAACCCUGCCAGAUGGGUGGGGUAUAAAUAAUAUAUUAUUAUUAUUAUUAUUAUUAUUAUUAUUAUUAUUAUUGAAAGGUUGGUAUCUCAGUGGCAAAGCACCUGGUUCAUCUCAUUGCUAAAAUAAUAUCUUGUUUCAGAGGAUCAUCUGGCCUGAGGUUCUGUGCGGCAUUGCUGGAAACAUCGUCAAUCUGAUUGCAAAUUAUGUCUUCCUCUACCAGCUUCACAUGGGGGUUAGGUAAAUGAGAAACGGGUGGCAGGACCAACCUGCAUUUUGCAUGCACCGCCUGCCCACCUUUUUCUUUCUUUCGUCGGUGGAACGCUAGGAAUGUGUUGCAAAAUCCCUUGUUUGUAUAUAUCAAGUCAAGGGUUUUGGGUGGGGAUGUUCUUGGACGAUCAAGGUCUCUGCAAGGUUGUUGUUUUAACAGCAAGCCCAGAUCUAUAACCAGAAAGAACCUCUUUUUAAAAGACAGUCUUAUUUGCUCCUUAACUGCCUCCAUCAUGUCUGUGGAAGUAACAGUCAUUCCUCCUUGUCUCUGUUUCCUGCAUUUAACCAUAUUUUUAAAUGCAUUUCCCCUUCAAUUUUCCUGAUUAGCUUUUUAAAAAAAUUGAAGGAGGUAUACCAUAUUUUUCCAUGUAUAAGACGAGUUUUUUUGCUAAAAAAAAAAAUUCAGUAAAAAAAUUGUGGAUCGUCUUAUACCCGGGUGGUUAAAAGAAACACGACUCACCAAUAGCAUUGAAAGCUGCAAAAAAAAAAAAAAAAAAAGCUCCAAAAAAACCCCAACACAACAAUUUUCGGCAAUCCGCUCCAAAAAAGCUCAACAAAGUUGCUCAGUUUGAUGUUUAAAAUAUUGAUUUCUUAAGGGUUCAAAAAAGGGGUUUCCUUAUACAUGGGGGACUGAAAAAUACGGCAAUUAUAUCACUUUCAAUAGACCCAUUGUGAUCUUCGGUCCUUCAACAAAGUGUGUGUUGCUUUUGUUCAUUCCCUCAGUUAUUGUGAUUUUCGGGAAUGGACCCAAACGGUGCGAUGGGGUUGGCGCUUCCUGCCUGCACAAAGAAAGUCGGGGUGACCUCCCAAGGCCUGAUUCUGGGGGUUGCCAACCUUUGUAGGCAUGUGGGGACAUUUGGGUGUCUGUGUGAAUGCUGUGGAAGGCUUUCUCCUCUAUUACUUCUCUUCCCUCCUUCCCCAGAUCAACACACACACACACACACACAUGCCACCGAAAGAGAGGAUUUGGGUCUAACUCAAAUCCAGUCGAAUUCACCUGAGCCUUGAAAAGCACCACAGAGCAUCACAAACUUUUUAUUUAUAACAACCAGUUAGACAAAUUAAGGAUCUAUAGAACUUUGUAACAUGCAGAGAAUAGCAUUUAUAGAGAAAUCAGGGAUUGGAACUGAGGGAAGUCGGGGGGGGGAUUAAGGAUGAUAUGUUUUAAGAUAAUAUGCUUUGUUUAAAUUUCUAAUAAAAAUUAAAUUAAAAAAAGAAAAGCACCACGGAGCAGAAAGAGGGAAAGAGCGUCACUCUCUCAACUUCCUCCCUAAGCUCUACGAAUUUUUCUAGCGAGGGGGAAAAGUCACCCCCUUUCCUUGCUUCAUGGCCAGGGGAGCAGUAUGUGGGCAGGCUCAGAGGGUUUGUGGGUGCCAAGGAAGGACCCGAAAAAUCGGUCUCUAGCCCCCCACCUCAUACGUUGCCAACCGUUUUACAAUGCUCUACCAUGUAAUGUUUCCAACAUGGACCUCGCUUAUUUGUUAAUCUCCCCUCUUUCCUCAUUCCAGGGGCUCUGCCUGGGCCAACACCAUCGCACAAUAUUCGCAAGCCAUUGCUCUCUUCCUGUACAUCAAAUGGAAAAAGCUUCACGCUGAAACCUGGGGAGGUAACCUGCUUGUUUCCCAACGCCCCCGUCUCUUCCGAGUUUCCUUUCCCAGUUUCAUGUUGGAAGUGCGACCGCAGGGAUCAUUCAGUUUGUAACUCAAGGGUUAAUUCUGUUAAAGGCAGCUAGCUCAGAGGGAGGGGGAGGUGUUGCUUAGCAACCAUGCGGAGGGGCAUGAUCCUCCCUGAGGUAACACAUGCUCUGAUUGGAGGUGUAGCUUUGAGGGCAUUUUCUCCCCUCUGUUUGGUUGAAUGUCUCUCUGCUGUAUACAAGACCUGCUUUAAAAAGACAAAACCUCUAUAUAAUUUAUAUGCUGCUUUUGUCCAGUUUCCUCAGUGAAGCGUUAUCAGGACUUUUCUCUUGGGACUCUGUUAUUUAACUGACUUUGCCAGCUUUACAUACAUAACAAAUGUUGCCUCAUCAGAAAAUAGCAUUGAAAUCUGCCCUGUUUUUUUCUCCCUUUCUUCCCUGCUCUCUCCAAAUCCUAGGAUGGUCCACCGAAUGCCUCCAGGAAUGGGAUGUGUUUAUGGCCUUAGCUGUUCCCAGCAUGCUCAUGACCUGCAUUGAAUGGUGGACCUUCGAAAUCGGAAGUUUUAUGAUAGGUCAGUGGGAGGGGAGGUGUCAUGGGCAGUGGGUGGGGCCAGAAGACCAAGCCAAUCGCAUUGGAGCAUGGUAAUUACAAUACAAUGCCCAGAUGCUACUAUCUGCACAGCUAGGCUGGUGACAUAAUUGCACAGGCACCAAUUGCAGCUCAGGAACUGAGGCAGAGAAAACAACCAGUGCCCUGUUAACUUUUUAUUCCUACACACACACACUGCAUUUAUUUAUAUAAUCUGCGGCUCAAAAUGUGAAAUGUAGAACUUGGCUAAUGCUUUAUAUAAUGAAUUUUACCAUGCAAAUAGUAAAUAAUACUUACCACCUCCUAACAGAAAAAGUAAUACAUACAGUGGAACCUCAGUUUUCGAGUGUCUUGGAAGCCGAACAUUUCGGUUUUCGAACGCCAAAAAUCCUGCAUCGCUUCUGUUUUUGAAAGCACCUCGGAAGUCGAAUGUUUCAGAAGUUGAAUGGUCUUCGAGAAUGGAUUAUGUUCGACAACUGAGGUUCCACUGUACCAAGUACAGAUUCUGAAAAAUAAAAAAGGACACCAACCUUACAAACAUUUAAAGCUAUGGAACUACAGUGGACCCUCGAGUUAUGUACCGCUCUGGAUACGUAACUUUUGGGUUGUGAACACGGCAAACCUGGAAGUGGCGUCUCCAGUUACGGACUUUUCAGGUUAAGUACGAACCCCCAGAACGAAUUUAAUUUGUAUCCAGAGGGUCCACUGUAUUAGAUUGACAAAUACCAUACUUUUCCGUCUAUAAGACUAGUUUUUUUCUUGAGAAAUCAUGCUAAAAAAUGGGGGUCGUCUUAUACACGGGUAGUGAAUAGGGUGACGUUUGAUUGGUUGCUGCUGUGGCUGUUCAUGGCUUUUGUGCGUGUUAUUGGUUGCUGCGUCAAUGGGUGGUGUUGAUUGGCUGAUGCUGCGGCAACUGGGCGGGCGUUCGGCAGCUUCUGCCGACGAUGGGACAGACGGGAGGCGGAUUUUGUGAUGCGUGCGGGUGAGUGAUUUUCGGCAAUCCCCCCCCCUAAAAAAAAACUCAACAACCCUGGGGGUGUCUUAUACAUGGGGGCGUCUUAUAGACGGAAAAGUACAGUAAAUAUCACCUCACAUAACUAACAGCCUGUAUACAGCAUUAAACUAUUUCCAAACAACAGGAGAGCAAGAAAAUAAAAUUAUGGCUAAUACUUUUUACUUUUUAACUCCCUGCUCCCUGGUUAUAAAGGUGUUUGUCUCAGUAGCAGCUCACAUUCUUGGGGAGACUCCUGAGAGAGAUGCCUUAAGGGCCGCAAUGUUUUGAAUGUUUGAAUGCUUUGAAUGUGUACAUGUCUAAAGCCCAGCACAGUCCUCUGUCAACGAUUCCCACGUCCUGCCUUCCCUCCUCCCUCAAUUUCCCCCAACCCAGGUCUCCUUGGGGUCCUAGAGCUGUCGUGCCAAUCCAUCAUUUACGAAGUGGCCACGAUCGCCUACAUGGUAAGACCUUCUCCAUACAAAUUAUUAUCGUGUUACAUUUUGGGGUGGGUGGGUAGGGCAAGUCUGGACGAUCCCCUUGGGUCGCUGUGAUCCUAUACAGGUCAGGUCUGAGCAAAAGAGGACGCUGAACUGGUCAGACGAGUUCCUUUGUAAGAUAAUGGCCAGCGAAGUGCCCUCAUCAGCAUCUCGAAAGAGUGAGCUGUGUUGCCAUAGAGACAACAUGGGGGAGCCUUUUCCCCAUCUCACCUAGUCAUCCUAGGAGGGAGAACAAUAGGUUCAGUGGCAGGUGAAUACUUUUUUGUUCCAGCAAACCUUGGGGACGGAUGGAUAUCGUUUUAUUGCAAUUACUUUGUAUUGCUUUAAUAGCUUUUAUAUAUGUAUAUAUAGGGACGUAGGUGGCGCUGUGGUCUAAACCACUGAGCCUCUUGGGCUUGCUGAUCAGAAGGUCGGUGGUUCGAAUCCCCACGACAGGGUGAGCUCCCGUUGCUUGAUCCCUGCUCCUGCCAACCUAGCAGUUCGAAAGCAAGCCCCAAAGUGCAAGUAGAUAAAUAGGUACCACUCCAGCGGGAAGGUAAACGGCGUUUCUGUGCACUGCUCUGAUUCACCGGAAGCAGCUUAGUCAUGCUGGCCGCAUGACCCGGAAGCUGUCUGUGGACAAACGCCGGCUCCCUCAGCCAGUAAAGCAAGAUGAGCGCGCAACCCCAGAGUCGUCUGCGACUGGACCUAAUGGUCAGGGGUACCUUUACCUUAUAGAUGUAUAUAGUUUUAAUUCUAUCAGUGUUUAAUGGCUUUUUAAUGAUUCCCCCCCCUUUGUUUUUAGAGGUUCUUGUUUCUAUCUGUAAGCUGCCUUGAGUCCCUGUGGGGGUAUAGAUAUAUAAUUAGAAUAAUAAUGAAGAUGGGCCGAGUGGGACUGUGUGUGUGUUUGAGAGUUUCGGCUGAUGGUGGAAAGAGGAGAGACAGAGGCUUGUCUUGCUCUGUGCUGAACCCAGAGCUAUAACAUGAUUUGCUGGGGUGUUCAUGCUGUGAGCCCCUGCAUCCGAUGCCAAGGUUGUCUAGACGUGUAAACAAAACCAUCUAUCUCCACCGACCUUCACUCUCUCGCUGCUCAGAGAUCAGGGUUGUGCUGUAUAUCAUAUAUUUUAUAUAUACCGUAUUUUUCGCUCUAUAGGAUGCACUUUUUCCCCUCCAAAAAUGAAGGGGAAAUGUGUGUGCGUCCUAUGGAGCGAAUGCAGGGGGGGGAGGCAGGCAGGAAAAGCCCCCAAAAGCCGCACACAAGGUCCGCGCGGCUCUUGCGGGCUUUUCCUCAGGAGGGAGAAGGGACUGACGCAGCCAGUCAGUCUCUUCUCCCUCCUCAUAGAAAAGUCCACAGGAGCUGCGUGCUCCUUAGAGGGUACGCAGCUCCUGUGGGCUUUUGCGGGAGGUGGGGGUAUUGCCAUAGCCGUUCGCAGCCUCUCCCUGCCGGGGAGGUUGCGCGGGGCUAAAGAACCCAUAGCCCUGUUCAGCCUCUCAUGGCUGGAGAGGUUGCGCGCGGCUAUGGCAGAAGCCAAGACAGCGAGCGGGAUGCGUCUCGCUCGCUGUCUUGGCUUCUUUGCUCUUUGGGGCUGGGGGGGAAAGAACCCGAGCGUUCCCUGCAGCCCUGAGAAGCUUGCGGAGCAGCGGGAAGGCUGCGUGCCUUUCCGCUGCCCCCCGACCUUCUCUUUGGGGUGGCGGUGGGCUUCCCCCCACCAGCCCCAAAGAGGAGGUCGAAAGGAACCCGAAGCCUGGAGAGCGAGAGGGGUUGAUACGCACCGACCCCUCUCGCUCUCCAGGCUUCCAAGGUAGCCACCAGAGGGCAACUGAACACACCUUGAACGGCACCUUGUUUUAGAGGGGGAGAACAAGGGGGGAAAAUUCUCCCCCUCUCUGCGCAGCGCCUCCUGCUGCUUCGCUGAAGGGCGCUGCGCAGAGAGGGAGAAUUUUUUUUCUUGUUCUCCCCCUCUAAAACAAGGUGUGUCCUAUGGUUGGGUGCGUCUUAUAGAGUGAAAAAUACGGUAUAUGGGUGGAGCAAAAGUUGCAGAAACUGCCCAUUCCAUAAGUAACCCAUGAUAUUAUUUAGGAUGUAUGAGUAUGUUUUGAAGAAUGGCAGUUCGAGAUAUUUUGGGGCGGUGGUGGUUUCUCAAGGGCGAGAUGCUUCCAGUGAACAUACACACACAAUCUACGAUCCCGAAAGCUUUGGUUAAGGUGUCAAAAGCAACGCUGUCCUUUCCAGAUUCCGUUUGGGAUCAGUGCAUCUGUUAGCGUCCUGGUGGGCAACGCCUUAGGGGCUGGGAACUUUGAGGAAGCCCGGAAAUCCUUCGUGGUCUCCAUUUUGUGCACAGGUACGUGGAAUUUCGCAGCAAGCUCUUCUCGUUUCAUAGAACUGCAGAAUUCGAAGAGACCCCAGGAGCGGUCAUCUAGUCCAACCCCCCGCAAUGGAACACAGUUAUUUCAUCUUAUACCAUGUCCCCCUUGGCAGCCAUUUUGUGACUGGCUCCCACAUCGCUUUCUCGACAUUCAAAAUGGCCCCCCAAACGGUUGCCAACCCCUGUUUUAACCCUUCUUGGGACAAAGAAGGCAAAAGCCAUAACUUCUCCCCUCAAGGCAUUGCAGGAGAGCUGGGUGCCAACCAUGGGGUUAAACAUUAACCCUUUUUGAGAGCAACAGUUACAGUGAUCGUCGCCUUUCUACUAUUUGUACUGUCUGGCUUGUGUCUGAUGCUAGUCCUACCUAGAGUAGACCCAUUUAAAAUAGUGGGUAUGACUAACUUGGGUGUCUGUUAAUUUCAGUGGGUAAAACUUAAACUUAUAAACUCUCUUUGAUCUUCUCCAGUGUUUUUUUUCCUGCUGAUGGGCACCCUGACGGCAUCCACAAAGGACGUCCUAGCUUAUAUAUUUACCAGCGAUGAGUAAGUCACAAACCAUGUUUUUUAGGCUGGCAAUAAUACUUAGCAUCAGUAUGGUGCCAAGUACACACCUUACAUUUAAAAGUGCUACGAUGUCACUGUAAACAGUCAUGGCUUCCCCCAAAGAAUCCUGGGAACUGUAGUUUGUUGAGGGUGGUUAGGAGACCCCUUAUUCCCCUCACGGAACUACAAUUCCCCAGGUUCCCUGGGAAGAGGGACUGAAUGCUAAACCACUCUGGGAAUUACAGCCCUAUGAGGGGAAUAGGGGUCUCCUAACAACUCUCAGCCUACUGUCCAAAAUCAAGGCCUCAUCCGCAAUAUAUAUUUAAAGCAGUUUCAUGCCACCUUCAAUAGUCGCAGUUUUGGUAUGCGUACGCACCUCGCCUGGUGUGUUCUGAGCAAUGCCAAUUUUUCUUCUGUGAAGCGGGUAUAUUUGGGGUGACUGCAACCCCAGAAUCGUCUGCGACUGGACCUAAUGGUCAGGGGUACCUUUACCUUUACCUUAUAGAUGUAUAUAGUUUUAAUUCUAUCAGUGUUUAAUUGCUUUUUAAUGAUUCCCGCCCCCCUUUGUUUUUAGUGGUUCUUGUUUCUAUCUGUAAGCUGCCUUGAGUCCCUGUGGGGGUAUAGAUAUAUAAUUAGAAUAAUAGUGAUGAUGGGCCUAGUGGGACUGUGUGUGUGUUUGAGAGUUUCGGCUGAUGGUGGAAAGAGGAGAGACAGAGGCUUGUCUUGCUCUGUGCUGAACCCAGAGCUAUAACAUGAUUUGCUGGGGUGUUCAUGCUGUGAGCCCCUGCCCCAUGAGUUCCUCUGAGCAUGAACAGAAAGCUGUCUUGGGACUAUUGGACUCUUGGCGCCCUUCCCAGGAAAGGGGUUUCAGAGUGUUCAGAUAUGUUUCAAUCUCUUGUUCUGGCAUGGUUCCCGGACAGAAAGCAAGUUGCAAUGUGGUUCUUUAGCAAGGCCAGAAGGCAUGAGAAAGGCCUGAGAAACAAUGGACUGUUCUCUACCUUUGUUACAGCAGAGCGGAAUGUUUCUGAUGCUUAGCUGCUGAGAAAAUGAUUUUGAAAAGCUUUGAGAAGCUUUGAGCCUGCUUUGGUGGGGGGUGACUUCGGGCCUAGGUGAGGUCACCUGUCCUCACCUUCCUUCAGUGUGCGCAGAGAGGCAUGAAAUUCUGUGAUUUCUUGUCAUGCAGUAAGAACUUGGCGACAAACUGCACCAUUGUUAUUAAAAGGGGGAAUUUCUUUGAGCUGACAAAUUGGCUUAGGAACAAAAAAUAAAGCAAGACAAAUGUUUCUGGGAGCUCGGUUGGGGCAGAACACAGAGUCUGAGGCAUUUAUGGGGUAGAGGGGCGGUUCUAGUCUGGUAUCUCGGGCCCAUAGAUGUGGCCAGAACAGCCUCCUAGAAAGGCAGGUUGUUCCUUGGAAUGAAACAAUAAACACACAAGACGUAAACGGCUGUACGUUUGAAAAAAUAAUAUAUACUAUUCACUGUAUUGAAUUGUAGAUUUCAACAGAAGUACUAACUCAAAGUUCAACGAAAAAAGUAGAAGACCCAGUGGAUCAGUUCAUUCUCUAAUCAGUUUAUGCAUAAGGUCCAUACACGUAUGUGUUUAUUUCACCUGUCUGUUCAUAAAGUACAACAAUCCACACGAAAGGUUGUUGCAGUUCCACAGAAUCCUUUCACAGAGUCUAAGACAAAGAUUUCAGGAAUAUUAGCCUUGUAGUACAAACUCUAAGUAAUGCAAAUAAAUACAGUAUCGUAAUCUCACACGUUUUACAGCAAAAUUAAUAUAAAAACCGUCAACAACCGUAUAUACCAUAUAUGAUAUCACAGGACAGUGGAUCUUAUAGCAUAGUAGUAGCAGCUGCUGUAAGCAAUUCAAUACAAUGAAUAGUAUAUAUUAUUUUUUCAAACGUACAGCCAGUUACGUCUUGUGUGUUUAUUGAAUAUGUUUCACGUAACCAUAGGUUUGUUGUUGUUUUGCCCUUGGAAUUAAACGGCACCCUUUCAUGGAAUCAUAGGAUUGUAGACUUGGAAGAGAUCCCAAGGAUCAUUUAGUCCAGCCCCCUGCAAUGCAGGAAUCUUUUGUCCAGUGUGGGACUCGAAUCCGCUACCCUGAUAUUAAGAGUCUCAUGUUCUACUUACUGAGGUAUCCCUUUUUGUUUUCUGUCUCUCUGCAAAUAGGGAGGUAGUUGAACUCGUGGCAAAGGUCAUUCCGGUCUACGUCGCUUUCCACCUCUUCGAAGCCCUUUGCGUGAGUAUAUUCACUUUUAAGGGAAAUAGGAUCUCUCAUCUUGUAUAAUAAUAGUAAUAAUAAUAAUAAUAAUAAUAAUUUAUAUUUAUACUCCGCCCUCCCCGGCCAAAACCAGUCUCAGAGCGGCUAACAUCAAACGUAUAACACAUUAACAUAAAAUCAGGCAAUCAAUUAAAAUACAUCCUAAAAUCAGAUCAGGAAGUUGAAUUGAGGUUGGGCUGGGGUUUUUUUAAUGCUUUGCACAAUGCACAACCUACUCAUUGUUCUCAUGCCUUCUUAAGGAGAGGUCUAAUCCAGUCCCAAGAAAAGAAGAAUGGAUACUAAAAACUUACGGAAUAUGCAGAAAUGGCAAAACUUGCCGGAAAAAUAUGAAAUCAAGAUAACAAACUUUUUAUAAAGGAAUGGAAAUGGUUUAUUGAAUAUUUACAAACAAAUUGUAAACUGAUAAGAACAUUGACAGGAUUAUUGUAAUAACCUGCAGUUUCAUAAAAAAUAUAUAUUUAGAUGAAUAAAUGAACAAAUUAAGUUAAUUUGGAUAUGCAGAAAAUAUUAAAAAUAAAGUUCAGGAGCUGCAGAAAGAGGGCGAAGGAAGUCAAGUUUUUAAAUGUUAAAAUGACAGUAACAUUUUUGAAAUGAAUCAGGGCUUGGUUCUGGAAAGUCACGAAUAAUAUGAGAGCAGGAGAAAAGAGUUUUAAAGUUCUCUGCCUUGCUUUUUUGGGUGGCCAAGGCCUUCUUGGCACACUGGCUCCAGAAGGAUAGAACUGCACUAAUGGGGACAGUUUUUGUUACACCCUUUUUGUUGUAUUUUGUAUUUGGUUAAAGGGAAAAAUGGAAAUUGAUGGUAGAAUAAAAGGAGAAUUCCCCGGAUGCCUAGAUAUCCGGGUUUGGGGCAAGUACUCUUUGGUGAGAAAACCCCAGCAUAGAUUUAAAACCACAAAGCAUGCAGCAAAGUGUGGGAAUAUAGGCUUCCAAAGUCCCCCCACUUCCCUUUGCCUAGAAAGAGACCACAUGGUCGGUAAGUUAAAAUGCUUUACUCACAAACUUUUCCAAAGUCAGAUUCACGUGCUUUUCCAUACAGCAGCAAGAAAACACAGGCAGUAUAGUUUCCAAAUGUUACACUGUUCCUGAAUUAUUUGUAUGGAAACUCAAAGAUGGAUCGCUGAAGCAAUGCGUUCUAAGCUUGGAGCAGCCAGCUUAGACCUCCUUACUGGUCAGGUGGAAGGGAAAGACCAAAGAGUCUGGCCACCCUUCCUCCCAAGGGGCGGGUGUUGUAACCUAGCUAAGCCUGACAGGACAGCUUACUCUAUGGUCUUAACCCCAUCCAUGCAUUUAGAGUGGUUCUAUGAGGCUGGAUGGACGCGGGUGGCGCUGUGGGUUAAACCACAGAGCCUAGGACUUGCCGAUCAGAAGGUCGGCGGUUCGAAUCCCCACGACGGGGUGAGCUCCCAUUGCUCGGUCCCUGCUCCUGCCAACCUAGCAGUUCGAAAGCACACCAGUGCAAGUAGAUAAGUAGGUACUGCUCCGGCGGGAAGGUAAACGGCAUUUCCGUGCGCUGCUCUGGUUCGCCAGAAGCGGCUUAGUCCUGCUGGCCACAUGACCCAGAAGCUGUACACCGGCUCCCUCAGCCAGUAAAGCGAGAUGAGCGCCGCAACCCCAGAGACAGCCACGACUGGACCUAAUGGUCAGGGGUCCCUUUACCUUUUUAUGAGGCUGGAUAUAUCCCACAACGUUUUGUGCGUACCACCCCAGAAGGUAAGCCCUGUGUGAGACGCAAUCAUAUUGUAACCCCUUCUUCCCCUCUUCGCAGUGUACCACCAGUGGGGUCUUGCGUGGCACCGGGAAACAGAAGCUGGGCGCCAUCUUCAACGCCGUCGGGUACUAUGCUGUGGGAUUGCCGGUGGCCAUAGUGCUGGUUUUCGUGGCCAAAAUGGGACUCAUAGGUACCACUCUUAAUAGCAAGUUCCCUCAUUGGUCCGUCUGGCUCAGUAUUGCCCACACUGAUUGGCUGUGGCUUUCUGGUGCCUCAGGAAGGAGUUCCUAUUCUUUUACCUGGAGGUGCCAGCGGGAAUCAAACCUGAGACCUUCUGCAUGCAGGCCAGACACUCUGCCUCUGACGUAUAGCCGCCGUUGACCCUUCUGUGUGGUCUCUCUCCUCCUUUUCCCUCAGGCCUCUGGCUGGGCAUGUUGAUAUGUGCCCUUAUCCCUUGCAUAUGCUCUAUAACCUACAUUGGCCGGAUGAACUGGAAGCAGGCGGCUGAGGAGGUAGGGAGAUUAAUAAUAAUAAUAAUAAUAAUUUGUUAUUUAUACCCCACCCAUCUGGCUGAGUUUCCCCAGCCACUCUGGGCGGCUUCCAAUCGAAUGGUAAAAACAAUACAGCAUUAAAUAUUAAAAACUUCCCUAAACAGGGCUGCCGUCAGAUGUCUUUGAAAGAUAAGAUAGCUACUUAUUUCCUUGACAGCUGAUGGGAGGGCGUUCCACAGGGCGGGCGCCACUACCGAGAAGGCCCUCUGUCUGGUUCCCUGUAACCUCACUUCUCGCAAUGAGGGAACCGCCAGAAGGCCCUCAGCGCUGGAUCUCAGUGUCCGGGCUGAACAAUGGGGGUGGAGACGCUCCUUCAGGUAUACAGGAGCAAGGCCGUUUAGGGCUUUAAAGGUCAGCACCAACACUUUGAAUUGUGCUCAGAAACAUCCUGGGAGCCAAUGCAGAUUCGCUUAAAGGGUGGGGUUUUUUUCUUUUUUGGGGGGGCCGCAUUCCCUGUGUCGGGGGCCGUAUGUUGGCAGCAAGCGGAGCCACAGGCAAAAGUGUUCCAGAUUAACUGAUCUGGAGCAAAGACCACUCUGCUUCCAUUUUCCGUGUAAUAAUUUCCCCGCUGGAUCGGGGCAAAGGGAGCCCACCUAGCCCGGUCAGAAGCCCACAAGCAGGGCCGAAGCACAGCAGUGAAGCUCCCCCCACUUACGACCCCAUGUUGGCGACAGUUUCCUGCACUGCGGGGGUUGGACUAGAUGACCCCCGGGUCCCCUCGCAACUCUUCAGUUCUCACGAUUCCACGAUCCGUGGCCACCUUGGCUUGUAGCUGCCGAUGGACACCUCUGUGGAUUCGUCAAAUGCUCUUUUGAAGCCACUCGGAUCAGAACCAACAGGUGUGCCCAGGUGAAAAAGGAACAAAUGUGUAGGAAGAACAGGGCAGCGUUGGGGGCCGCAUAAAAUGAUGUCAGGGGCCACAUGAGGCCCACCAGGACAGCAGGAGCUAUGUUGGAGUAGGAAACAAUACGAUGGCCAAGGAGAGUUACGUAAUUUUCUAUUGUUUCUUUUUCCUGUUUUUAUCUUGUGAGUCAUUCCAGUGUAAAACUGGAAAAUUAUUGCAAGUGCUGAACAUAGAAGCUUCCUUAUCUUGAUCCAGCCCCUUGGUCCAUCCAGCUCAGCAUUAUGGACACUGGCUGGCAGCCGCUCUCCAGAGUUUGUGGCAGGGAGUCCCACCCCCCACAGCCCAACCUGGAGAUGCUGCCAGGGACUAAACCUGGGACAUUCUGCAUGCCAAGCAGGGGCCCCAGGCACUGAACUGCAGCUCCUCUCCCUGCGGAGAGGUCCGAGAAACCUUUAAAAAAAACCACACCCAAAUCCCUGGCCGCACAAAGUGCUUCCUUAACAAACUGUCUGGAUCCUCCCUCCAGGCUCAGCACCGUGCAGGAUUGACCCAGAGGCUGCCCCCGGAGGGUUUGAACUCGGCUCCCGUCCCAACCAAGAUGGCUCCUUCUUCCGGUAUGGAACACGAGUUUGUUUUUUGCUUGUUUGAUCAGAAGUGUGGCCACUUUUCGACUGCAAGGCUUAUAAACAGGGGAACCGGCGGCCCUCCUUCAAAGGCCAAGGGGAGUGUCGAAAUGCCCAUUAACACCAACCCCGCAGAUGCAAAGGGAGGGGGCGAUGCCGUUGGGCUGCUGGCUUCGUUGGUUUUAUAAAACAUGGGGAAAGUCAUGUCUCCCUGCCCCCACAAACUUAUUUUAGCCUCCUGCUGCUCUGUAGCACAAAGGGGUCAGUGCCAGGGCCUGAUUUAAGUCUGACGAGUCCCUAAGCUACUGAAGGUAAUGGGGCUCUUUGUAUGUCCAGCUGUCCUUUGUCAACAACAAAUCGCUGCUGUUUUUGUUGUUGAAUAUAUAAGGUAAAAAGGUAAAGGGACCCCUGACCGUUAGGUCCAGUCGUGACCGACUCUGGGGUUGCAGCGCUCAUCUCACUUUAUUGGCCGAGGGAGCUGGCAUACAGCUUCCGGGUCAUGUGGCCAGCAUGAGUAAGCCACUUCUGGCGAACCAGAGCAGCGCACGGAAACGCCGUUUACCUUCCCGCCGGAGCGGUACCUAUUUAUCUACGUGCUUUCGAACUGCUAGGUUGGCAGGAGCAGGGACCGAGCAACGGGAGCUCACCCCGUCGCGGGGAUUUGAACCGCUGACCUUCUGAUUGGCGAGUCCUAGGCUCUGUGGUUUAACCCACAGUGCCACCUGCGUCCCUUAUUCACCUGCCUUGUAGUCAGGACUUUUCCCACAGUGCCUUGUAGUCACUUGUAGUGUUGAAUAUACGCUAUAUGGUAAUUUAUGGACCUAAUAGGUAUCUAAAGCCAUUUGCACGUAACAAAGGGCUAGCAGGCGGGGCCCAUUAUUUACAUCAUAGGAGCCUACACAACACAAAACACUGUUGCUGUAUGUAGGUUUUAUUUUAUUUGUUUUUUAUCUUAUAUUUUGGAAACGUGCAUCCAGUUUUUUUUUCCUUUAAAUUUUUUUAGGGCCCCCAAGAGAGGUGGGCUCUAAGCUGUUUAGCUUAUACGUAAAUUUGCGCCUGGUUGUUUCGUCCAACGUGGGGCUCGAACCCUGAGACUGAAGAGUCUCACGCUCUGGCCACUGAGGCGCAAUGCUUCAGAAACUAUACGCAGAAAUGAGCGAGCGAAGUCCAAGCAAGGGCAGAGUGAGGAAAAUGGAUGGCAGAGGCCUAUAUGGUCCGGGAUUCUGUUCUCACGGCAGCUAACCAGAUGCCAAGCUGACAGUCGUCUCUCUCUUCUUCUCCGCCUGCUGCAGGCCAGAUGGACGCUCAGAACGGAGCCGUCCUCCUUAGUUUCUCCAGGACCGACGGGCCAACUUACCAGCUCCAGCUGCAGGAUGAGACGGUGACAGGCCUCUCCACUGUGGGAAAAGUCCUGACUACAAGGCAACUGAUCCUCCAGAGGGGACUGGCCGUUGCAGCUGCUGUCAUCAUCCUGGCCAUCGGCGUCACAAUUCGGUUCUUCACGGUUAAAGAUUAGGGAUAUUCACACACACCCCAUUUUGGUUGGUCCAGGAAGGAGACAGAGGGAGGGGGUCCUGUUGGACUUAGAAGCAAGAAACUGGACCCCAGAAUAGCUGGGUGCAAGGUUGUGUUUUGAUGUCAUCAGCGAGUGCAGGACGGACUUGAACCAAGGACUUGGUGGCGCAAGAAACCCAGCUCCGGCUCAGAGAAGAAUAGCCACACUGCUGCCUGACAGAUGUCACUGUGCUACACUCCCAUCAUCCCUUGCAGUUGGCAGCCAUGUUGGCUGGGGCUGAUGGGAGUUGGAGUCCAACCGUUGCCUACCUCUGGCAGGGCAGAAACCAUGCUGUGGAGAGGAAGGGCCGCCUCUCGCUAUGUUCUGCUCAAGAGUUGACCAAAACUGAAAUGAAUGGGCCUCCGUCAGCUGUGCCCAUUAAUGUCAAUGGGUCUACUCUGAGUAGGAUGCCACCAUGAAACGAUAUCAAUAAAGCGCUCAAGGCCCAAAGGUCAAAUCAGGAAAAACUCUUAAUCAUUAAAAAGCUUCAACCC